AUGAGGAUAUACAAGUCUCCAAGAAAAGACAUUGACAUCCCCAAACUUGACCUUCUCACGCUUCUUUUUGACUCACCAUGGGGCCAAGCUGAAGAGUCACGAAAGAUCCACGUCGAUGCCGCUAAUCCGGACAACUUCAUCACCAAGGCAGAAGCAAGGAUCAUAGUCAAGCGAAUAGCAUACGUCCUGCGGAACAAUUACGGUAUAGGUGCCAAUGGCCAAGGCAAGGACGUCGUUCUCACUGUCAUUAAUGGCAGUCCGUUUGCUCCCGUCUUCUUUUACGGAAUCCUAGCUGCAGGCGGCGUCUUCUGUGGAGCAAGCACCGAGUCUCAAACUGGCGAGUUGGUACGUCAGGCCACGGACGGAGCAGCGAAGCUCUUAGUGGGAUCUCCUGAAUGCGAGGGCAAGAUAUUGGCGGCGGCGAAGCAGUGUGGUAUAGCUCAGCAGAACGUUCUAGUUCUAGAUCCAACGACGCCGAAGCAAUGGCAGCUCACGUCUGUGACUACCAGGGAAUGUGUACUUUCCAAAGCCAAUGGACAGGAGAUGGACUGGCAACGCAUCACGGACCAGCAAACUCUGGAAAAGACUUCAACGUGUCUGUUGUUCUCAUCUGGCACGACCGGCUUGCCCAAGGGCGUGCUUGUUUCACACUCUGGCCUGGUGGCGAACAAUGUCUGUACGAUGGAUCCUGCAGUUCGGUACAAGGAGAAGUGCAGACGUGAAGGGAAGAAUUUCUCAUUCGAUACAAUCGCUCACUUACCCAUGGCGAACAUCGCCGGCGUCAGUCUCUACUCGACCAAUCCGUUCUACAUGGGCGGCACAACGUACUGGAUGAAGAAGUAUACAUUCGAAGACUUCAUUGAAUACCACCGGCGUUAUCGUCCGGCGUAUCAGUUCACUGUCCCUCCAAUCUGGCUUCGUAUAGCCAAAAGCGACAACAUCACAGAUCACUUCGACGGAUUGCAGGUAGCGGUGACUGGAUCAGCCCCUAUCGGAGAAGGAACUAUGAGAGAGGUUCAGAAGAAGCUGGGCAAGGGGAAAUGUCUGAUUGCUCAGACUUGGGGAGCAACCGAAGCUAGCGGUGUCAUAACUGCCCUCGACUGGUCUACUUUCAAGGAUCAAGGAAUCUGGAGUGUGGGAGAGCUGUGUCCGAACGUUCGUCUGCGAAUCGUUGAUGAUUACGACAAGGACGUGGACGAAGGCAAGCCUGGCGAAUUCCUCCUGGGCGGACCCAUCCUCGCCCAGGGAUACCACAACAGACCACGAGAGACAAGUGAGACCUUGACUGAUGGGUGGUAUCGUAGCGGCGAUAUCGGGGUCUGCAAAGAUGGUCAUGUCUACAUCCUGGAUCGAAAGAAGGAGCUCAUCAAGUUCAAAGGGGCUCAGGUGGCUCCCGCAGAGCUUGAAGCACUUCUCAAUUCACAUCCAAAGAUUGCAGACGCUGCUGCGAUUGGUGUUUGGAGUGACGAGCAACAGACAGAGGUGCCACGAGCAUAUGUGGUCAAGAAGGGAGGUAUCUCCGCCGCUGAAGCCGCUGACUUUGUAAAACGUCAAGUGGCAAGCUACAAGCAGUUGCGAGGAGGAGUCUACUUUGUUCACGAAAUUCCCAAAAGCGCUUCCGGGAAAAUCUUGCGGAAAGAUUUACGGCAAAGAGCAGCGGCGGAGCGGUCGUCGAAACCAAAGCUAUAG